UUAGAAGUUGUUAAAGAUGGAGCAUUCCAUCAAGCUGCCACCAAACUUUGAUUUGCGAGCUGCAAAUGCGGCAACAGAAUGGCGGCUAUGGCGUCUCUGUUUUGAAGACUACUUGGUGGGUUCGGGGCAAGAUAAUGCCGCGGAUAAGGUAAAAUUGGCCCUCUUGAGAAAUAUGUUAGGAAUGGAAGCUGCCAGAAUAGUCACAACGUCGCUACAACUUUCCGAGAGUGAAAAAGAUAAUUACGAUUCAGUAAUGGCCGCAAUCACAAAAUAUGUCAGCCCGCGUGUAAAUGAAGUGUUUGAACGAUUCAAAUUUAACAAUAGAAAACAACAAGAAGGAGAAAGCUUCGAUAGUUUCUUUACGGAAUGUAAACAAUUAAUUUUAACAUGUAACUAUAAACAAAACAAGGAUUCAAUAGAAGAUCAAUUGUUGAGGGACAAAAUUGUACAAGGAGUAUUAGACAAAACAGUACAAGAAUCCUUACUGAAACUAGAUAGCCUUACACUUGAAAAGGCAGCCAACUAUUGUCGCACUUCAGAAAUGAGUAAACGACAGGUGCAGGAGAUGAACCCAACAAUAGAAAUUGAUGUGGUCAAAAAAUCAAAAUCCCAUCAGGCACAGAAGAAAUACUUAUUUCAAUGUAGGAGAUGUCAAACUCAACAUGGGCUGCGAGAAUGUCCUGCCUAUGGGAAAAAAUGCACCAGAUGUGGAAAAUUGAAUCACUUGACAGUCAGCUGUAAAGUCAAGAAAAUUAAUUUAACUCGAGAAGAUUCAGAAGAGUCUGAUGAUGACACUUUAUUUUGUGGUGCAGUUAGUAGUAAAGGGAAAAAGAAAUGGAUGGACUUUAUUAACAUCGAAGGAAAGAGCAUAUAUUGUAAAAUUGAUACCGGCGCAGAAGUAAGUGUAAUGCCAACAAAAAUCUUCAAGGAACUUCAUUCUAGUGCGGCGCUCAGACCAACAAAGACCUUAGAAGCAUUUGAUGGCACAAAAGUCAAAGCCAUUGGAAAGGUCCGUCUCCAUUGCAAGUACAAGGAGCGAGAGUGUUAUGAGGACUUCAGAGUUGUAGAUUGCAAGUUAAUGUUAUUAGGAGAGUCAGGUUGUGAAGCUUUAAAACUAGUGAAGCGAAUUUACAGUGUUGAUGAAGCUGAAGAUGGGACUCUAAAAGAGGACUUCAUAAAAGAAAAUAUAGAUGUUUUCCAAGGUCAUGGACCAAAUUGAAGGCUACUUUGGAGAUAUACCAAACGUUAUAACUUGGUUUGACGAUAUUUUAGUAAUGGGCGAGACAGAGGAAAUUCAUAAUGAAGCUGUGAGUAAAGUUUUGGCCAAGGCCAGGGAGAUUAGAGCAGUCUUCAAUAAAGAUAAACUACAAUAUAAAAAGUCUGAGGUCAAGUAUGUAGGCCAAAUAUUUAAUGGAACGGGUAUGAGUGUGGAUAAAGCGAGAGUUGAGUCACUAAUUAAAUUAAAAGAACCAACAAAUAAAGAUCAAUUACAACAAAUAAUUGGUUCUUUCAACUAUGUUAGACGCUAUGUUCCUGAAAUGGCUGAAUUAUUAGCACCAUUAAGUAAAUUACUUAGAAAAGACAUUGAAUUUCAGUGGUUACCAUUGCAUGCCAGAGUUUUUAAAGAACUAAAAAAUAAAAUUUCUCAAGCUCCUGCUUUAUGUCCAUUCAACCCACAAAAACAGAUAAUUCUGCAAUGUGACGCUUCUCAAAAUGGGGUAGGUGGCUGUAUGUUUCAACAAGGAGAAAAUAAUGUCUUAAACCUUGUAGCAUGUGUUUCAAGAACUAUGAAUGAUUGUGAGUUGAAUUACAGCCAGACUGAAAAAGAAUUAUUGUCAAUAUAUUUCACAACUCAAAAGUUCCAUAAAUAUAUUUAUGGAUCAAAUGUUGUAGUUCAAACUGACCAUAAGCCUCUACUUGCAAUAAUGUCUAAACCAAUUAGUAAAGUAGGAUCACCACGUUUAAGGAGACUUUGUCUGAAGCUCUUAAACUAUAGUUUAGAACUAAAAUAUGUGCCAGGUAAAGAAAUACAUUUUGCUGAUAUGUUGUCAAGAAACAGUUUAAAAAUAACAGAUAAUGAUCCUCAGAUGUUGGAAAUGGUACAUUCGGUAUCUGUUCACUUACCUAUGAGUGACGAAAGAAAGGCUCAAUUUAAACUUGAAACAAGUCGCGACUUGACACUUAAAGAAAUAUAUAAGUACUACUAUGACGGAUGGCCAGAUGAGAAAAAACUGUCAAAAAAAUGCCUUCCAUAUUUUAAACUCAGAGAUAAAAUUUAUGUUGAAUCGGGCCUCAUCUUUCUUGAGAAUAAAAUUAUUGUACCGGAGAGUUUAAUACAGUAUGUACUUAAAUGUGUACAUGAAGGUCACAGUGGUAUUAGCAAGUCUAUUAAGAAAGCCAGGCAGCUUU